CACAAGAAGGCUGCUAGAGUUAAGAUGGCGGCAUGUGGGUGAGGAGGCUGGGAUCGGAACUCGCUCGCAUUUUCGCUAUCAAAUUAUUCCUAUGAAUCUGCUUAGAGACAGUUACAAAAAGAAAAACUAUUCCAACACCUUUCGCACGUCCGGGUGUGAUUUUGGACUGACUCAAUGACAUCUAUACACUUCGUGGUUCACCCGUUACCCGGGACCGAGGACCAGCUCAAUGACAGGCUUCGAGAAGUUUCUGAAAAACUCAACAAGUACAGUUGCAACAGUCAUCCACAUCUUAGUCUUCUGGAGCAAACCACUUUAAAACAAUGUGUUGUUGGUCCAAAUCAUGCUGGAUUUCUCCUUGAGGAUGGCCGUGUGUGCAGAAUCAGCUUUGCUGUCCAGCCUGAUCGCCUGGAGCUCAGCAAACCGGAUGGCAGCGACGGUUCAAAGUUGAGCAGUGGUUCAGGGACAGGAAGAAGCUCAAGGCCAGGCAGGACCAGUGAUCCACCCUGGUUCCUGUCUGGUUCUGACACACUGGGCAGACUGGCAGGCAACACCCUUGGGAGUCGCUGGAGUUCUGGAGUAAAUGGAGGCAGCGGCAGCGGUGGUGGAAGUGGCGGCAGUGCAGGGGGUGGUGGAGCUGGUGGUGGCAGCAGUGGGGGUGGAGGCAGUGGAGGCAGUGGCAGUGGAGGCACAUCUGGAAGGUCUUCAACAGCAGCCCGUGACUCCCGCCGACAAACCAGGGUUAUCCGAACUGGGCGGGAUCGAGGUUCGGGCCUACUGGGUAGCCAGCCGCAACCAGUCAUUCCUGCAUCAGUAAUCCCAGAAGAGCUCAUUUCUCAGGCUCAAGUUGUCCUGCAGGGAAAGUCGAGGAGUGUAAUUAUUAGAGAGCUCCAGAGAACCAAUUUGGACGUCAACUUAGCUGUCAACAACUUGCUGAGCAGAGAUGAUGAGGACGGAGAUGAUGGUGACGACACCGCCAGCGAGUCCUACCUGCCUGGAGCAGAGGACCUGAUGUCAUUGUUGGAUGCAGACAUUCACUCUGCCCAUCCCAGUGUGAUCAUCGAUGCUGACGCCAUGUUCUCUGAGGAUAUCGGCUACUUUGGAUAUCCCUCUUUCAGACGCUCCUCGCUGUCACGCCUUGGAUCUUCCAGAGUUCUCCUUCUUCCCUUAGAGCGUGACUCGGAGCUGUUGCGUGAACGUGAGUCUGUAUUGAGGUUACGAGAGCGCCGAUGGCUGGAUGGUGCUUCGAUACAGUUUGAGACUGAGCGAGGUUCCACCAGUCGUGAGGGUGAGCCCAGUUUGGACAAGAAGACCAUCCCAAUUCAGAGUCCCGUUUCCCUUGGAGAGGAACUCCAGUGGUGGCCAGAAAAGGAUGGAGUUAAGUUUGUCAGCAUCGGUGCCAUGUUCUCUGAACUGGUUGCUGUUAGCUCCAAAGGCGAACUCUAUCAGUGGAAGUGGAGUGAACCAGAACCUUACAGGAAUACACAGAAUCCCUCCUUUCAUCAUCCGCGUGUGUCCUUUUUGGGUCUCGCCAAUGAGCGGAUUAUCUUGUUGUCAGCCAACAGUAUAAGAGCAACUGUAGCUACAGAGAGCAAUAAGGUGGCUACAUGGGUGGACGACACACUGAGUACUGUGGCAUCCAAACUGGAGCACAGUGCACAGUCUUUCCCAGAGCUCCAGGGAGAACGGAUGGUGUCAUUGCACUGCUGUGCCCUCUACACAUGUGCUCAGCUGGAAAACAGCCUCUACUGGUGGGGUGUAGUGCCUUUUAGUCAACGGAAGAAGAUGCUUGAAAAGGCCAGAGCCAAGAAUAAGAAGCCAAAGUCCAGUGCUGGUAUUUCCUCGAUACCGAACAUCACAGUGGGAACACAGGUGUGCUUGAGGAAUAAUCCCCUUUACCAUGCCGGAGCAGUGGCCUUUUCUGUCAAUGCUGGGAUUCCCAAAGUAGGUGUCUUGCUGGAGUCCGUAUGGAAUAUGAAUGACAGCUGCAGGUUCCAGCUGCGCUCUCCAGAGAGCCUCAAGAACAUGGAGAAAACCACUAAAACACAGGAAAUCAAGUUGGAAAGCAAACCAGAACUGGUGAAGACUGAGAUGGGUCCACCACCAUCCCCAGCCUCUACUUGCAGUGAUACGUCGUCCAUUGCUAGCAGUGCCUCUCUACCUUACAAACGGAGGCGCUCGACUCCAGCCCCCAAGGAGGAGGAGAAGGUGAAUGAAGAACAGUGGCCACUCCGGGAAGUGGUGUUUGUAGAGGAUGUCAAAAAUGUCCCUGUUGGGAAGGUUCUCAAAGUGGAUGGAGCUUAUGUUGCUGUGAAGUUUCCAGGAACAUCAAGCAGCAUGACCAAUCAAAGCACUGCUGCUCCCACAGAUCCUGAUCCCUCUUCACUGUUACAGGACUGUAGACUUCUCAGAAUAGAUGAACUGCAGGUCGUCAAAACGGGUGGAACACCUAAAGUUCCUGACUGUUUUCAGCGAACACCCAAAAAGCUCUGCAUCCCAGAGAAGGCAGAGAUUCUAGCUGUGAAUGUUGACUCCAAAGGAGUCCAUGCAGUGCUUAAAACUGGUAACUGGGUACGGUACUGUAUCUUUGACCUGGCUACAAGUAAAGCUGAACAGGAGAACAACUUCCCAACAAGUAAUAUGGCUUUUUUGGGUCAAUGUGAGCGCAAUGUGGCUAUCUUCACUGCAGGGCAGGAAUCCCCUAUUAUCCUCAGAGAUGGAAAUGGCACAAUUUAUCCGAUGGCCAAAGAUUGCAUGGGUGGAAUCCGUGAUCCAGAUUGGCUGGAUCUUCCUCCCAUAAAUAGCCUGGGAAUGGGGGUUCACUCUCUGGCCAACCUCCCCUCCAACUCUACUAUUAAAAAGAAAGCUGCUAUUAUAAUUAUGGCUGUUGAGAAACAAACUCUCAUGCAGCAUGUUCUGCGUUGUGACUAUGAAACAUGUCGGCAGUAUCUUGUAAACCUGGAGCAGGCGCUUCUCCUGGAUCAGGGCAGUCAGGAUCUUGAUGCACUUCUUGGUCACCGUUGUGAUGGAAACCGCAACAUACUCCAUGCUGCAGUCUCUGUUUGCUUCCCUGUCAGCAACAAGGAAACCAAAGAGGAGGAAGAAGCUGAAAGGUCUGAAAGAAACACAUUCGCUGAGCGCCUGUCAGCUGUGGAAGCAAUAGCUAAUGCAAUCUCUGUUGUUUCAAGCAACAGUUCUGGGAAUAGGACCGGUUCGUCCAGCAGCAGAGGGUUGCGUUUGAGAGAAAUGAUGCGGCGAUCUCUCAGAGCUGCUGGUCUUGGUCGUCAUGAGUCUGGCCCAUCAUCAAAUGAUCACCAGGACCCUGUGUCGCCACCCAUUGCACCACCAAGUUGGGUGCCCGAUCCACCUCCCAUGGACCCUGAUGGUGACAUUGAUUUCAUACUGGCACCUGCUGUGGGCUCACUCACGACAGCUUCCACUGGAACCAGCCAGGGACCCAGUACCUCCACCAUACCAGGGCCUUCUACCGAGCCAUCUGUCGUUGAGUCUAAAGAUAGAAAGGCCAAUGCGCACCUCAUCCUAAAGCUGAUGUGCGACAGUGUGCUUCUGAGGCCACAUUUACGAGAGCUGCUGUCGGCCAAGGAUGCUCGUGGAAUGACCCCUUUCAUGCUGGCAGUCAGUGGUCGGGCCUACCCUGCAGCUAUCACGGUCCUGGAGGCUGCUCAGAAAAUAGCUAAAGGAGAUCCAGGACAAGCUGAAAAGGAGGAUGCAGAUUCUGUGUUCAUGGAAAUGAUCUGCCCCCAAGGCACCAACCCAGAUGAUUCUCCUCUCUACGUCCUGUGCUGCAAUGACACUUGCAGUUUUACUUGGACUGGAGCUGAGCACAUUAACCAGGACAUCUUUGAAUGCCGGACUUGUGGCUUACUGGAGUCCCUUUGCUGUUGCACCGAAUGUGCCAGAGUGUGUCACAAGGGACAUGACUGCAAGUUGAAGAGAACUUCUCCCACCGCAUACUGCGACUGCUGGGAGAAAUGCAAGUGCAAAACUCUCAUCGCCGGCCAGAAAGCGGCACGUUUAGAUCUGCUCUACAGGUUACUCACCACCACUAACCUAGUCACAACACCAAACAGCAGGGGAGAGCAUAUAUUACUGUUUUUGGUCCAAACUGUUGCAAGACAAAGUGUUGAGCAUUGUCAGUACCGGCCACCGCGCAUCAGAGAGGAUCGGAAUAGAAAGGCUGCUAACUCAGAGGACUCAGACAUGCCAGACCAUGACCUGGAACCUCCACGGUUUGCUCAGCUGGCUCUGGAGAGAGUCCUGCAUGACUGGAAUGCUCUCAAGUCUAUGAUCAUGUUUGGUUCUCAGGAGAAUAAGGAUCCACUUAGUGCCAGCAGCAGAAUCGCCCACCUCCUGCCUGAAGAGCAGGUGUACUUGAAUCAGCAGAGUGGCACCAUUCGCCUUGACUGUUUCACCCACUGCCUCAUUGUCAAGUGUGCUCCUGACAUCACUUUUAUAGAUACUUUACUGGGUACACUGGUGAAGGAACUGCAGAAUAAAUAUACCCCUGGUCGGAGGGAAGAAGCCAUCACUGUGACUAGACGAUUCCUACGCUCAGUGUCCAGAGUGUUUGUCAUCCUCAGCGUGGAGAUGGCCUCAUCGAAGAAGAAAAACAACUUCAUCCCCCAGCCCAUUGGUAAAUGCCGGCGAGUUUUUCAAGCCCUCCUUCCAUAUGCUGUGGAAGAGUUGUGUAAUGUGGCAGAGUCACUGAUUGUUCCUGUGAGAAUGGGCAUCGCCAGACCCACUGCCCCCUUCACACUGGCCAGCACCAGCAUUGAUGCUGUUCAGGGUAGUGAAGAGCUUUUCUCAGUGGAACCACUGCCACCCAGACCAUCCCCCGAUCAGUCCAGCAGCUCGAGCCAGACAGCUGCAUCUUACAUCAUCAGGAACCCCCAGCCCCGUCGCAGCAGCCAAUCGCAGCCUGUGCGAGGCCGAGAUGAGGAGCAGGACGAUAUUGUGUCAGCAGAUGUUGAAGAGGUUGAAGUGGUGGAAGGAGUUGCUGGAGAGGAAGACCAUCAUGAUGAUCAAGAAGAGCAGGGCGAGGAAAAUGCUGAGGCAGAAGGGCAGCAUGAUGAACACGAUGAAGAUGGGAGUGACAUGGAGCUGGAUCUCCUGGCUGCAGCCGAAACAGAAAGUGACAGUGAAAGUAACCACAGUAAUCAAGAUAAUGCCAGUGGCCGCAGGAGUGUUGUCACAGCAGCCACAGCUGGGUCAGAAGCAGGUGCCAGCAGUGUUCCCGCCUUCUUUUCUGAAGAUGAUUCCCAGUCCAACGACUCCAGUGAUUCUGACACCACCAGCAGUCAAAGUGAUGAUGUUGACCAGGAAACAUUUUUGCUGGAUGAACCUUUGGAGAGAACAACUAGUGCUUCCCAUGCCAACAGUGCUGCACAGGCUCCUCGCUCCAUGCAGUGGGCUGUGAGAAACACCCCAAGCCAAAGAGCCCCUGGAAGUGCUCCCACCAGCUCCUCAACUCCUGCUGCAAGCUCAACAGGCCUGAUCUAUAUUGACCCCACAAAUCUGCGACGCUCCAGUGCCAUUAGCUCGAGUGCAGCAGCUGCUGCAGCUGCUCUUGAAGCCAGCAACUCCAGCAGUUACCUGACAUCUGCCAGCAGCCUUGCUCGAGCCUACAGCAUUGUCAUCCGUCAAAUCUCAGAUCUUAUGAGCCUAAUUCCCAAGUACAACCACCUUGUGUACUCGCAGUAUCCUGCUGCUGUGAAGCUGACCUACCAAGAUGCUGUCAAUUUGCAAAACUAUGUUGAAGAGAAGCUGAUUCCCACUUGGAACUGGAUGGUGUCAAUCAUGGAUUCCACUGAGGCUCAGCUGCGUUAUGGUUCAGCUCUGGCAUCUGCGGGAGACCCAGGACACCCAAGUCACCCUCUCCAUGCCUCUCAGCAUUCAGCACGACGGGAACGUGUGCCAGCCCGGGAGGAAGCCAGCCUCCGCACAUUAGAGGGGCGCAGGAGAGCAGCCACACUGCUCACCGCUCGUCAGGGCAUGUUGUCUGCUCGUGGAGAUUUUCUGAACUACGCCCUAUCACUCAUGCGAUCGCACAACGAUGAGCACUCUGAUGUGCUUCCAGUGCUGGAUGUUUGCUCGCUGAAGCACGUCGCCUAUGUUUUCCAGGCGCUUAUCUACUGGAUUAAAGCCAUGAACCAGCAGACCACUCUGGACACGCCACAGAUGGAAAGGAAGAGAAACAGGGACAUUUUGGAACUUGGUUUGGACAAUGAAGAUUCAGAGCAUGAGAAUGAUGAGGACACCAAUCAAAGUUCAACUCUGCAGGAUAAGGAUGAGGACCUGGUACCAACUGAGACAGGACAGAAUCAUCCAUUCUUCCGCCGCUCUGACUCCAUGACUUUCCUUGGUUGCAUCCCUCCAAAUCCUUUUGACAUCCCUUUAUCUGAGGCCAUUCCACUAGCGGACCAGCCCCACCUUCUGCAGCCCAAUGCCAGGAAGGAGGAUCUGUUUGGUCGUCCCUCGCAGGGCUUGUACUCAUCCUCUUAUAUGGCAACUAAAGGCCCGGCCGAGACAAGCUUGGACAGGAACUGCCUGGAGGUAAACAUGGGCUCCUCUGUACCCUCCCACUCUCAGAUCCUUCCCACUAAGAUGUCAUACGCUGCAAACUUGAAGAAUGUGAUGAGCAUGGACACAGCCCAGCGCAGUGUUGAACACCAGACACUGACUGAACAGGAGUUGGAUGUUAUUAAACCUGGACCCUCACCUCAUGACCUUGCUGCCCAACUGAAAAGCAGUUUGCUUGCGGAAAUAGGCCUCACAGAGAGUGAAGGACCUCCACUCCCAUCUUUCAGACCUCACUGCAGCUUCAUGGGGAUGAUGAUCUCACACGACAUGCUACUUGGGCGAUGGCGUCUCUCACUGGAACUGUUUGGUCGUGUCUUCAUGGAGGAUGUUGGAGCUGAACCUGGAUCAAUUCUUACUGAGCUCGGUGGAUUUGAAGUAAAGGAGUCAAAGUUUCGCAGAGAAAUGGAGAAACUAAGGAAUCUACAGUCUCGUGAUUUGGCCCUUGAAGUGGACCGGGAUCGAGACCAGCUCAUCCAGCAAACAAUGCGUCAGUUAAAUACACACUUUGGACGGCGCUGCACAACCACACCAAUGGCUGUGCACAGGGUGAAAGUCACCUUUAAGGACGAGCCUGGGGAGGGCAGUGGAGUUGCCCGAAGCUUCUACACAGCCAUUGCCCUGGCACUUCUCUCCAACGACAAGCUGCCCAACUUGGACUGUGUUCAGAGUGUCAGCAAGGGCAUGCAGGCCAGCAGUACGUGUCAUCACGAUUACAAUUCAAAUCUCAUGCAGCGCUUGAGAAACAGAGACCGAGAGCGUGAAAGACGAAGUGGUGGGCUUCGAGCUGGAUCCAGGCGAGAUCGAGACAGAGAUUCGAGGCGACAGUUGUCAAUAGACACACGGCCCUUUAGGCCUUCGUCUGAAGGAAACCCCAGUGAUGAGCCUGAUCCUCUUCCUGCACACAGACAAGCUCUGGGUGAAAGACUCUACCCACGUGUCCAUGCAAUGCAACCGGCAUUUGCCAGCAAAAUCACAGGUAUGCUGCUGGAGUUGUCGCCUGCUCAGCUGCUGCUACUGCUUGCAAGUGAAGAUUCUCUAAGAACCCGAGUGGAAGAGGCCAUGGAACUUCUAAUUGCACAUGGAAGGGAAAAUGGUGCUGACAGCAUAUUAGACCUUGGCCUACUGGAAGCACCAGAGAAGGCACAACAGCAGGAGAAUCGAAAGCGCUAUGGUUCAACGCGGAGUGUUGUGGACAUGGAGCUUGAUGAUCCAGAUGACGGAGACGACAAUGCUCCACUGUUCUACCAGCCUGGGAAGCGAGGAUUUUAUUCUCCUCGGCCAGGCAAGAACACAGAGGCAAGACUGAAUUGCUUCCGGAACAUUGGGAGAAUAUUGGGCUUGUGUCUUCUGCAAAACGAGCUGUGUCCAAUCACAUUAAACAGACAUGUGAUUAAAGUGCUGCUGGGCAGGAAGGUGAACUGGCAUGACUUCGCUUUCUUUGACCCGGUCAUGUAUGAGAGUCUGCGGCAGCUGAUCCGUCACUCCCUGGCGGGGGAAGCAGAGGCGGUGUUUGCUGCCAUGGACUUGGCAUUUGCCAUCGACCUCUGCAAAGAGGAAGGAGCUGGACAGGUGGAACUUCUGUCGGGUGGAGUCAACAUGCCAGUAACUCCUCUCAAUGUGUAUGAAUAUGUGAGGAAGUACGCAGAGCACCGAAUGCUGGUGGUGUCUGAGCAGCCUCUUCAUGCAAUGAGAAAGGGUUUAUUAGAUGUUCUUCCGAAAAAUGCCCUGGAGGACUUGACAGCAGAGGACUUCAGGUUACUGGUCAAUGGCUGUGGAGAAGUGAACGUGCAGAUGCUCAUCAGCUUCACAUCUUUCAACGACGAGUCAGGGGAGAAUGCAGACAAACUACUACAGUUCAAGCGCUGGUUUUGGUCUAUAGUUGAGAAGAUGAGCAUGACAGAGAGGCAAGAUCUAGUCUACUUCUGGACUUCCAGCCCGUCUCUGCCGGCCAGCGAGGAGGGGUUCCAGCCCAUGCCCUCGAUCACUAUUAGGCCUCCAGACGACCAACACCUGCCCACGGCCAAUACCUGCAUCUCACGUCUCUACGUGCCACUCUACUCUUCAAAACAAAUACUCAAACAGAAACUCCUGCUAGCCAUUAAAACCAAGAACUUUGGUUUUGUGUAGCGGGUCGACAGAUGGGUUCAAAAGAAUUAACAUGUUUACUGUUGUGUAAUAUUUACCUAGCUCAGUUUUUGUAGAGUUAUUUUUUGUCUAUACAAUUUUAAGAAAUUCGACAUACUGUCGUUAUCUCCCCAGGUGGUAAUAUUUGUUUGUGUUGUGAACACAAACAAGCUAUUUUAUUUCAUUUUUAUUGUAUUUUUUUUUCUUUUGUGUUAAUGAUGUGGAAGUAUACAGUCCAGAACAUUCCUGCAUUGGCACUGUAAAAUGUAAAGCCUCUCGCUCCAUUGGCACAAAUCUUUGCUUCCCAAGAAUUUGGUUUGUCAGUAAGCCGUCUGCCGAAACCCAGCCAAAGAUGACAGCAGUAUAGGUAAUUAAAAAAAGGAUACACUGUGAUGAAGUAUUCCCUCCCGAGAAAAGUACUAUCACUGACAGUUCACUGCUGCCUUUCUGAAAAGUCUUUUUUUUCCUUGUACAGGGGGAGUAGGGAAUUUGAGAAUAAACUUGGAUGCAAAUAAACAAUCCAGUGUUGAAUUUG